AUGGAUCUACGUAGUGGGAAAACGUUAAUGGUGGAAGGAGACAGCUCAUCAGAUAGCAUGGGAAGUACAGAAGAAACGAGUGUGGUAACUAGGAUUAAAGAAAGGGGGGAAAGAGAACAAGAAUCAAGAAGACCAGAGAUAAAACGAAAUCUUCAAAGACAACAAGAUAAAGAAGAACAAAAGGAAUUGUUUCAGAAACAAAAAGAAGAUAUUGAAGAAAGGGAUAGAAAGAAUAAAGAAGAAAUGGAAAAGAAACAAGAAGAAAUGUUAUCAAAUUUGAAAAAGGAUCUAGAUGAAAGAGAUAAAAACAUGAGGACAGAAAUUGCAGAAGACAUUUCAAAAGUAAUAAAACUAAUUGAGAGUACAAAUGAAGAAUUGAAGAAAGAAUUUAAAAAUGAACACAAGAAAUUAGAAGAUGCAGUGGAUAGAAGAAUAAAGAAGUUGGAAGAAAUCACAGGGCAGUACAAUGGGGAACAUAAGAAAUUGGAAGAAAAUGUGGAUAAAAGAAUGGAUAAGAUGGAAGAAAAAGUACACAUAGAAAUCCAGAAUAAUAAAGAAGAAUGUGUGCAGAAGAUGCAAGAAGGAGUAAAUGCAUGUAGCAUUAUAGGACAAGAGGUGCAGAAGAGUGUUGAAAAUUGUAGGAACAUAGAAGUAUGA